UUUCACUAGACGCAGCAACUUCGACUACACGGCGACAUGGCGUCCAACGAUGAUUACAAGCCGCUCACGCCUAUAUGGCAGUGCAACCCACCUCCUUACAGCCUCUCCGGACGGCCCUGGCACCACUAUCCCUCGCCGUCGGACAUCCGCGCCGCCAACCUGGACAACAUCCCUGACGAUGUGCUCACCUAUACGGCUGGGGAACGCAAGGUCAAAGCCAGAGAGCUCCGCCGUUCCCAACUCGAGACGCUCUUUUGCGACAUUUACAUGCAAGACAAACGUACCUGGGAGAAGUGCGCGGCUGUCAUGGAAGGCCAGCACAGCGGCGAGGGGCACGAGGAUGAGCAAGACGAGGCUGUCGAGAGCGUCCCUAAACGUAUCGACACAGAGAAAUCAUGCCGGGGGUGAGCCCUCCGAGCCAGAUCUUGCCACUCACCGUCUCAUGGAGCAGUUCGUCGAACAUCUUGAUGGGACGGUGUGGCUAGAGACGGCGAGCGGAGAGACGGAGCUCAGUCUAGAUGAGACUCAGGCGAAUAUGGCAUACCGCGAUAAGCUCGUACAGCCUGUGUUAAGCGAGUUUGCUUCCCUGCAGCAGAUGCUAUUUGACUCUUGUCGGAACGCGGAAGACCUGAAACUCAAGCCGUUCGGAGACUCGGAAUACUAUGCAGCAAGGGUGGAGCUGAUCAAGAAGUGCUGGGAUGCCGUAGAAGAAGUCAUGUAGGGAGCCAAUGUACCCGUGAGCCUUGAUAGAAUCGAGGCCUUGUAUUGCCAUAGAAAACAAUCCGACUUGCUAUGCUGCACGAUGGACUCAGAGUGGC